AUGUUGGCGGACAUCAUGACCAAGGGACUGCCAGGACCGCGUCACAAGGACUUGACGGCAGCGCUCGGCAUACACGCGUGUUCGCAUCGAGGGGCGUAUUGUGGGCUGACGGUUGAGGUACUGUUAUCAGCUACCAUGGAAACCGUAAACCUGUCCAAGUCGAUCUCGCGUAAUUACGGUGAGUUCUGA